AUGGCGCAAUUCGGUCGCUAUAGGUUCCUGCUGAUAGCGGUGGUGUUCCAUUUGCUGUACAUAUGGAGUUGUUUCUCCACCUACUUUACGAGUCCUAUUGUUCAUGGCAUGCGCGAGCAUCGUGCAGAGACGCAAGAAGCUCCCGCUAAACGUUUGGUACUCUUUGUUGGCGACGGCCUCCGUGCAGACAAGGCAUUCCAAUCGUUCCCCAACCCUGACCCAAAUCCUCCGACCCCUCUCGCCGACAAUACAACCACCCCGCGCCCUCUCGCUCCCUUCCUUCGCUCUCGCAUCCUGGAACAUGGCACCUUUGGUGUUUCCCAUACACGGGUACCUACCGAAUCCCGCCCUGGACAUGUCGCGCUCAUCGCAGGCUUAUAUGAGGAUGUCUCAGCAGUCACAACGGGAUGGAAGCUGAACCCAGUCAACUUCGACAGCGUCUUCAACCGCAGUCGGCAUACAUGGAGUUGGGGCAGUCCCGAUAUUCUUCCCAUGUUUGAGACUGGUGCAGUGCCUGGAAGAGUCGACGCAUACUGCUAUGGCGCGGAAGAGGAGGAUUCCUCCAAAGAUGCCUGGGUGUUGGAUGAAUGGGUAUUUGAGCGCGUCAAGAAGCUGUUCGCUGACGCCAAGACGAACGCGACACUGGAUGCUGAGCUGAGGCAAGAGAAGAGCGUCUUCUUCCUUCACUUGCUUGGGUUGGAUACUACGGGUCAUGCGCAUCGACCUUACUCGUGGCAGUAUCUGCAUAACAUCCAGCUCGUGGAUCGCGGGGUCCAGGAGAUUACGCAGCUGAUCGAAGAGUUCUACAACGACGACAAGACGUCUUUUGUAUUCACAGCGGACCAUGGCAUGAGCGACUGGGGAAGUCACGGAGAUGGACACCCAGACAAUACACGUACGCCCUUGAUCGCAUGGGGUGCUGGUGUUGCGCCUCCUGUGAAGAACACGUCAGGCGUUGCUAGAGGUCACACCGAGUUCUCUUCAGAUUGGAAUCUGGACGAGAUUGAGCGACAUGACGUCGACCAGGCUGACGUCGCGGCAUUGAUGGCUUAUCUCGUGGGACUUGACUUCCCAACCAACUCAGUCGGAGUCUUGCCGCUUUCCUACCUUGACAAAGAUCCCAAUGCCAAGGCAGAAGCUCUUCUUGUUAAUGCCAAGGAGAUAUUGGAAAUGUAUCAUGUCAAAGAAGAGAUGAAGAAGGAGACACAGCUGCGGUACAGGCCUUUCUCUGGUUUGGGUGACGAGGCACAUUCUGUCGAGCAUCGCAUUGCCGAUAUACAGUCAUUGAUCAACAAAGGCAGCCCAGACGAGGCUAUUCGCAAGACUUACGAGCUCAUUGACCUUGGUCUCGAAGGACUGCGGUAUUUGCAGACGUACGAUUGGCUUUUCCUCCGGACGUUGGUGACUGCUGGCUAUAUUGGUUGGAUCGCUUUCGCCAUCACCACCGUUGUCGACCUACAUGUGCUCACCGAACAUGUGCCGGCACAAAGAACGGUGGCUAGUAUGGUGGUAUUCUCUUCUGUGCUUGUUGCACUCUAUGGGGUUUUCUUCAAGCAAGAAUCACCGGUCAUCUACUAUGCAUAUGCGUUCUUCCCGGUCCUAUUCUGGGAGGAAGUCUUUGCCCAGAGGCUAUCGCUUGUCAGGGGUGGCAAGAUUCUGUUUAGCCAUCUCAACUCCGGCGCUGAUGUCGCAAAACUAGUGUUGGCGACUAUUGGCUUCUUCGGAUUACUCCAGGCUUUGGUUCAAAGCUACUUUGUUAGGGAGAUUUACACGGUAUGCUACCUGCUUGCGACACUCUGGCCAGCAGUAUAUGGGCAGGGUUUCAUGAAGAAGAACAUGGCGACUGUCGCCACUUGGGCUUUGUCUUGCAUAGCCAUGAGCGCUUUCACACUACUGCCAGCCAACAAGGCAGAAGACAUUCGUCUCAUCCUGCUUGGAGGUGUAUUGAUGUUUGCCAUUGGCAUACUCUACCUUGUCUUCGAGAGGACGAUACUUGAAGAUGGCAAAUCUCAAUCUGAGCUUGCCAAACACGAGUUGAACCACACAUCUCGUAUCAUUCUUGGCAUCCAGCUCGGCCUUGUAGCGCUUUCCAUGAUUGUCACGAAGAGCAGCGUCGGCUACUUACAAGCGCGCCAGGGAAUACCAUUUGGUGUUCUGACAGUAACACGAGCAACACUGUUCGCCUCGCUUGUCGUGCCACAACUCCACGGUCUCUAUCCCAACGCCCACUACGUCCACCGCCUUGUAGUCAUCUUCCUCCAGUUCGCACCAACCUUUAUCAUCCUCUCCAUCUCGUACGAAGGUCUCUUUUACUUUGCGUUUUGCAUGUGCCUCUUCAGCUGGAUGCGCCUGGAGCACCAGGUAUAUUUGCACAAUACGGCUGAUGCUUCGACUACGGCCAUCACAUGGGAUCCGGCCAAGCCUACCAAGGACGCUGCGUCGGAUCGACUCAGCUCACUUCAGAGGGGGGAGUACAGAUCUCUGACUCUAGCCGACGCGCGCAUAGCUCUGUUCUUCAUCUUCUUUAUUCAGUCUGCUUUCUUCAGCGCGUCAAAUAUCGCCUCGGUAUCGUCCUUCUCGCUCGACGCCGUGUACCGUCUAAUCCCCAUCUUCGACCCUUUCUCCCAGGGCGCGCUUCUGAUCAUCAAGCUCAUGGCGCCCUUUGCCGCCCUCUCGACCAACUUUGGUCUCCUCAAUCGCGGCCUAGGCGUGGCGCCGUCAGCACUGUUCAUGGUGGUGAUGGCGGUCAGUGAUGUCAUGACACUGAGCUUCUUCUACAUGGUCAAGGACGAGGGGAGUUGGCUGGAAAUUGGGACAACGAUCAGCCACUUUGUCAUUGCAAGUUUGUUGGGCGUGUUUGUCAGCGGACUGGAAAUUUACAGUGAAUGGACUAUACGGGGCGUGGAGUUUGGCAGCAGCAAGAAGGCGCAGGGUAACGGAACCAUCGAGGGAAAAAGUAGUGAGAAAGCAGCCCACUGCAUCCUGAGACUUGCACUAACUUUGCAUAGCAGGUCCAGGGCCAAUUCUUACGUAGACAACAGUGAGAACCCGCGCUCGCAAUCAUUCGACGAUUACACCACCGAUAAGCGCCCUGAGUCGAGCCGGAAGGAGUCCCACCAGAGCCAGCCCUUCUCGCCCGCCGAAGAGCCUGACAUGUAUCCCCGCCAACAGCAACCCCAGGAGCCGACGUACGCGCAGAGUGCUCCUCCUUCCCACAACAACAUGCCCAUCCGCUCCCAGCAAGUUCCCCCUACCGGCGGCAGCGGCCCAAUGGGCCUCGGCAUGCCCGACCUCAUUACCGCUGCCUUCAACCAGGCCGUCCAGCCCUACACAGAGAAGAUUGAGCAGCUCGAGAGCCAGCUUGCCGAUCUGCAGAACUGGGUCGACCAGCUCGAGCAGCAGCGCGCCGAGGUACACAACUGGAUCGACAAGCGCGGACUGCGACCAGAUGUCCCGGCCUCCAUCGCCAAGAUCAUGGACACCACCACUGCCGACGCUGCGCCCACACUCAACGCCCAGCUCGACCGCAAGAUCACCAUCGUCAACUUCGACCUGCACCGCCUGCAAGACGAUCUCAAUGACUCCAUUUCAUCCUCACAUUUCGCCUCGGCUAUGCUGAAGUUCCUGCCCGACAUCCAGCGCUUGACCCUCCUACCGUCCGGCCCGCGCUACGCCUUCGACCUCAUCCUGAAGCUCGGCGGAAACCUCAACUCACACGGCGGUAUCGACAGCGCCGACGCUGGCGACAUUGCCGCACGCCGCGACUUCUACAGCAGACUCGACGAGACCAUGGUCGACGUCGUGCAGCGCCGCUUCGGCGAGGGCGAGGGCUGGGACGUAAAGCGCGAGAUCAAGCGCAUUGAGAAGACCGCCAGCUACCUCAAGACAUACGGCGUCGAACCAUACUUCCCCUCAACGCUGGAGAUGAUGAAGCGCGAGAUGGAGUUCCAACCCAACGGUGUACCUAACGGGCAAGGAACCCCUCCGCGGUACCACUAA